UCUUUUUGUUCUGGUUUAUAAAAUUUAAACAAGUCGUUUAAAAUAUCGUGGUCAAUGAUUACAUGUAGCUUGUUUUAUUACAAAUGUUGUCGUGUUGUUACAAACAGAUUCACAUUUAAAAUCCUACAAUUGGAUAAAAUGGCCACCGGUCAACAAAGUAUGUAAGUAUAGAACACAUUAAGGACCACAAUGACAAUAUAAUUGCUAUUAAAAUGAAAUACCCCAAAAUUGAUAGCAUCGACCAGUUCAAAAUAACAAAACAAGAAGCUUUACCAGAUAAUCCAGCAGGCUGUAGUAAUCUAAAUGAAGAACCACUUGAAGUAUUCAUAGGACUAAAUCUGGCCGAUAUGUCAGAAACUGCAACAGACUUGGAUGAAAGUGACCCCUUUGAACUAACAUUCGAAGAUUCCAGUGAAUCUGAAAGUGAAACAGAUGAGUCAGAGCUCGACAUAGAAGUGAUAAUGCAACUGAAAAUCACCUUAAAAGAUAUUCAGCCGCCAAUUUGGCGCCGAAUACAAGUCCUCUGUAAUGAUAAUUUUGAAAAUCUUCACCGCUACGUUCAGGAGGUCAUGGGGUGGAAAUCUUGCCAUGCACAUUCGUUCACUUGUGAAGACGUGACGUUAGUGAGUGAGUUUGCGUAUAAUAUUUACGCAGAAAUGGGCUGCACUGAAGUCACCAAAGAAGCACAGGUGACUUUGAAAGAGCUGUUUAAAACAAGCGGAGACACGGUACUGUAUGAGUACGACCAUGGGAACACCUGGGAGCAUGAAAUAGUAUUUGAGAAGUUCCUGCUUCUUCCUGUAAAUCGGAAUCACCCUUUUCCAAAAUGUGUGGGGGGAGAGAGGGCUUGUCCGCCGGAAGAUUGUGGGGGUGUUCGUGGGUAUUUGCAGCUUUUGGAAGUCAGGAGUAAUCCAGAGCACGAAAAGUACGAAGAGUUGAUUGUAAACUGGUUAGAUCGAUUGUAUCCUGGAUUUGAUCCAGAAACGUUUGAUAUAAACACAGUUUUUAAAAAGGAUUAAAUUAAAUGUAAUUAUUUUUGGAGCUUUAU